AGCUGUUUUCGUUUCAACUUUCAGUUGUGAGAGCGCACCGUAAGAUACAUUUGCGAGCAGCGGUCGAAAAUCCGUGAAAUUUGUUGCUGUAUUUCAAAAGAAAGCGAAAAGUGAAGUGAUGAGAUCAAAAGUGAAUAGAUAAUUUGUAUAAAACAUAUAUUGGCCUGCCUAAUCAAAACUGAGAUGAGGCAAUAAGAUAAUCGCACAUAUGUGUGUGCUGUGCAUCUGUGUGUGUGUUAGCGCAGCAGCCGCAGCUGCCAGCAUGUAUGUGUAUAGAAAUUGCACGAAUCUCAGCCGAAAGACGCGCGCGCAACAAUAACAAAAGCGAUUUAAGUAAUUAACCAAUUGAGUGCAUAAAUCAAGCAACUUUUGCAAAAUGCCACAAAUUGACUACGCAACGACAACAAUUGAAAUGCUGCCGUUAGGCUAAAAAAUUAACUUGGACUUGGGGCGUCUGAAAAAUCGAUUGACCAACGAUGCCGACCACAGACGAGGCGGAGGCACAAACGAAAACAUUGCGCACUUGCAAAUUUAGCCAAAGAUGGCGCCAUAAAAGAGCGUGCCUAGUAGGCAUUUGCUAGCAACUCGAAGUCGAAAAAAUGUCGAAAAUGAGAGGCCGUGUACUGAUACCGCUGCCCAAUACGGGCGCAAUGGGACGCAAGCGCAACAAUUUUUAUAUGCGCAGCGUCUUCAUUCUGGCGCUGUGCAUCUUCGGUCUGCUGCAGUAUCACAACUUCAACUACCUGGACAGCCGGGAUGCGAUGCUUGGCGAUGCGGUGACCAAUGAUUCGACGGAUGCGAUAUUGUCCAUGGUCCCAGCUCCGCUUCACAAAUAUCUGACGCCACACACGCGCAAUCACAGCGCGACGGCAACAGUGCUCCAGCUGAACAGCAGCGUCUCCGGUCUAAGCAGCUCCGGCAUUUCGGCGGCGGCGGCGGCGACUACGAUCAACUUUGAGGCAUAUCGUCCGCCCAACAUUACGGAGAUCAAGCGUCAGAUUGUCAGAUACAACGAGCUGCAGCUGGUGCUGAACGAGGAUACAUUUGGUCCGCUGCAAAACGAUUCUGUGAUAAUUGUCAUACAGGUGCACACGCGCAUCAAUUAUUUGCGCCAUCUGAUUGUCAGCCUGGCGCAGGCACGGGACAUUUCCAAAUCCUUGCUGAUAUUCUCGCAUGACUUUUACGACGACGACAUCAACGAUUUGGUGCAGCAAAUUGAUUUCUGCAAGGUUAUGCAGAUAUUCUAUCCGUACUCGAUGCAAACGCAUCCGCACGAGUAUCCCGGCCUCGAUCCCAACGACUGUCCCAGGAACAUCAAGAAGGAGCAAGCUUUGAUCAGCAACUGCAACAACGCACUCUAUCCGGAUCUCUAUGGCCAUUAUCGCGAGGCCAAGUUCACGCAGACCAAGCAUCAUUGGUGGUGGAAGUCGAACCGUGUCUUCAACGAGCUCGAGGUUACCCGGUUUCACACGGGUCUCGUUUUGUUCCUGGAGGAGGAUCACUAUGUGGCCGAGGACUUUCUCUAUCUGCUGGCCAUGAUGCAGCAGCGCACCAAAGACUUGUGCCCGCAGUGCAACAUCCUCUCGCUGGGCACCUAUCUAAAGACAUUCAACUAUUAUACGUACCACAGCAAGACUAACAAAAAAUCGUACGCUUCCUCGCCGAUCUCGUCAAACAGUCUAUUAGGAUCGAAUAGGAACAAUAAUUACCAUAAUAAUAAUAAUAAUAACAAUAAUAACAACAAUAGAAACUCACUGCAGUCAUCCAGCACUUCAUUAAAGAGCGCCAAAGUCUUUGUGGGCGACACAAAUAACAACAAUAAUAAAAUCAAGAAAAAUAUUAACAACAAAAAAAGUAGCCACAUGAACACUGUCACCGCCGCAUCCAACACAAAUAAUGUUAAUAGCAAUAAUAACAACAAUAAUAAUAAUAAUAAAAAUGGUGCACAAACAUGGAACUAUCAUGUCCUGCCGUCAUUGUAUUCCGUCUAUCAGAAGGUGGAGUCAAUGCCGUGGAUUAGCAGCAAGCACAACAUGGGCUUCGCCUUCAAUCGGACCACCUGGACGAGCAUCCGGCGCUGUGCCCGGCACUUUUGCACCUACGACGACUACAACUGGGACUGGUCGCUGCAGCACGUCUCCCAGCAGUGUCUGCAGCGCAAGCUGCACGCGAUGAUAGUCAAGGGACCGCGGGUCUUUCACAUCGGCGAGUGCGGCGUCCAUCACAAGAACAAGAACUGCGAGUCGAAUCAGGUGAUCUCCAAGGUGCAGCAUGUGCUGCGCAUCGCGCGCAACUCCCAUCAGCUGUUCCCGCGCUCCCUGAUGAUGACCGUGCCCAGCCUGAUCAAGAAAUCCAAGCUGCGCAAGGGCAACGGCGGCUGGGGCGAUCUGCGCGAUCACGAGCUCUGCCUCAACAUGACCCUGCCCACGAGAUAGAGCCGAACACCAAAAACCAAAAGCAAAAAAAACUAAGCCAAAAACUGGCUAAACUAGUUAAUAUAUAUAUAUUAGCUUGUAGUUAAGUAGCUGCUCGAAUAUAUACUAUAUAUAUAUAUAUAUAAAUAGCUACAAUUAUUAUUAGAAAACAUCUGAAACUACUCGAAAUCGCAAUCAACGCAAAAUUGUGCAUUAUAUGCAAUUUUUAUACAUAUAUAUUUAUAACAAAAUCGGAACAGGAGAACUUAUUCUAAAAAAAGCUGCACAAUUUGUUUAGCCUCUAGUCAGAUUUAAAAAACUUUCAUUUAUUGUUUGAGUUCCGUCCAAUGUUAAAGACCGAACUAUUUCCAUCAAACUAACGCGAGAUCAGUCCUACUAUAUAUCUAUCUAUAUAUAUAAAUAUUCGGAGCAAAAAAAAACCCCAGAUUGUGCCGAAAGCAUUAAGAAA